AAAAUUUGAGGGGUGAUAACUGUAUUUCACUUGAAGUAAAAACCCUUGUCGAGCUUUCAUAGCCAAAAAGAAAGGUCGAGUCUUCCACCGCUGCGCCUGGCCUCGUCUACCACCGGUUCUUCAAGACGUUCCCGGCUUCCCCCUCAAGAGGCUUCGUCAGUUGUGAUACCAAGCAAAGGACAAGAUGCAAAUGCAAUUUGUACCAAGAGAUAGCGAAAAUGCUUUGUCCGUGUCUGGUCCAAGGCCAAUGGAAUGGUCUACUGUUCCAUAUAGUGGGUCCCAAGCACCUGGACCAAAUGGAAAGCAGCGGACAUCAAGUUUGGAAUCGCCUAUAAUGUUGUUGACCGGUCAUCAGAGUGCUAUAUACACAAUGAAGUUCAAUCCUGCUGGGACUCUUAUUGCAUCUGGGUCUCAUGACAGAGAAAUUUUCCUAUGGUAUGUGCAUGGGGAAUGCAAAAAUUUCAUGGUCCUAAAGGGACACAAGAACGCAAUAUUGGAUCUUCACUGGACUACUGAUGGAUCCCAGAUAGUAUCAGCCAGCCCUGAUAAAACUGUGAGGGCAUGGGAUGUUGAGACAGGCAAACAAAUUAAAAAGAUGGCAGAGCACUCCUCCUUUGUGAACUCAUGCCAUCCUUCCCGGAGGGGGCCUCCUCUCAUUGUCAGUGGGUCUGAUGAUGGAACUGCAAAACUGUGGGAUAUGCGUCAGAGGGGUGCCAUUCAAACAUUCCCAGAUAAAUACCAAAUCACUGCUGUCAGCUUUUCUGAUGCGUCGGAUAAGAUUUAUACAGGUGGCAUUGACAAUGAUGUUAAGGUAUGGGACUUGCGCAAGGGUGAGGUUAUCAUGACACUUCAAGGCCAUCAGGAUAUGAUUACAGGUAUGUCAUUGAGUCCGGAUGGCUCCUAUCUACUCACAAAUGGCAUGGACAGCAAGCUCUGCAUCUGGGAUAUGCGCCCGUAUGCACCACAGAAUCGCUGUGUAAAGGUGUUUGAAGGGCACCAACACAACUUUGAGAAAAACUUGUUGAAAUGUAGCUGGUCACCAGAUGGAAGCAAGGUCACUGCUGGCAGUUCAGAUCGGAUGGUUUACGUAUGGGAUACAACUUCUCGCCGCAUCUUAUACAAGCUUCCUGGCCACACUGGAUCGGUGAAUGAGUCUGUCUUCCAUCCUACGGAUGCUAUUGUUGGAUCUUGUAGCAGCGACAAACAAAUAUAUCUUGGGGAGAUCUGAAUCUUACUUUUUCAUCUGCAAUGCUUUCGGAAUCAGUUUAGGGAUCGCAAUGAGAUGUAUUUUGCUGAAAAUAGUCAAUAACAUUUUUACAAAGAUAGCAUCUUCUUAGACAUGUGAUCUGAUUGUGGGGAUUAAUAUUACCACUUGAUAGACCCCUUUUCUAUUUCUUUAUGCGUUUUUGAACUUUUUUUUCUUGAAUAUUGUUGAUUAUUGCAGGCUACUGAUCUGAAAUGAAAAAACUAGCCGUUGGACC